UGAUUGAAUGGCAGUUGCAGGUUCAGGCAAUAAAUAUACUCCCAGCAAGUAUGGCAACUAAGCAAGGCAGUAAAUCACAGUGGGCUUAAGGGUUCAACUUGGCAACUAUAGUGGUGGCUUGUCUGUUGGUACUUAGAUAUGGCUUUUGGAAUUAAUUUGUGGAUCGUGUUGCUUUGCUCCAUAUUCUCAGAACAUUUAAGAUCUGAUUGUGCUCCACAUGAUGCCCGGAGAUUAAGAGGCUACAUGUAUUCUGGCUCUUCCCAAGUGGAAGAUGAACAGAAACAACCAGGUGAUGGCUAUCCUCAGGAUCCAAUCAAACCAACUUUUAGUACUUCAGGAUCUGUCCAGAAUGAUGCUACUCCCAGAGAGACUGGCCCCAACACCCAUAACCAGGAACUAUCCCGCAGAGGCUCUGCUUCAAGCUCUGUCCAGCCUGCCCCAAGAAUGUUAGGCCUCUCUGGCUCUAUAGCCAGUAGAAUCUCUGUCAGCCACAACAAGCGUCACACCCGUGCCAGUAUAACCUCAGGCCAAAGUGUCACCAGCCCUAGUGCAGUGAAGAUGGUUUCAAGUUGGGAAGCAAAAACCUUUCCAUUACAGCCUCGUUCAAGCAACUCUGGAUCUGUUCAGAAUUUCCUGGGAAGCCAUUUAUUCAAAGCAACCCCCCAGAAUUCUGUGGCACAAAGUGGAAUCUACCAGUCCGCAAGGGAAAUGGCUUCCACCCCUUACCUUCAAGCUCCCUCACGUGGUUCUUCAGGAACUUCAUUUAGACCAGGUCCUCUGCAUUUUGGGUCUACUGAAGGUGGGAGUGCAACAAAUGCGUACAAGCCCAGCUUCUCUCAAUAUGUCAAGCCAUACCAGAGUAGAUAUGCCUCCGCCAGUAGUGGUUCAACUUCUAGUCAAUAUGCCCAGAGUAUAGAUGUUUCCUCCAAAAGCAGCAAUAUCCCUAUACUUAGCCUGGGGUCUAGCUCCAGUCUCUUUACCCAGAGUUCUACGCCUAGUAAAAACUCUUAUGGAACCUACAAGCCUGGCUCUACCCUUGGUGCAACACCACGCCAGAGCAUGUUUACCUCUAACCAGGGUGGCAGUGCUUCAAUCUACAGCCAGAAUGUCCUUGUUGCCAACCAGAUGCCAAGCAGCACUACACCUGCCGACAGCAACCACAGACAAGUCUCUGGUCAGGUGGGGGACUACCAGCCUAGCUAUGUUGCAAGUAGUGGGCCAAUCUCCAUCCUCUACAGUUCUGCCCAGGCUGGCAGUUCUUCAACCUAUGUCCAGAAACCAAGCACCUCUAAACCUGCCCCCAGGCAAAGCUAUCAGCGCAGCUACACUCCCAAUACUGUGAAGUCAAUCCCUAGCUAUACCAGAGGACCUACCCAGAGCAGGACCAGCAGUACCACCACACCUCAAAGUGUUGUUCUGGUCUACGUCUACAACAUCCCAGCACGCUACGGUGGCACUCGUAUCAGUCGGCUCAAAGACAGUAUUCAUAGUGGGCGUAGUGCCUCCACUAGCCACUCCAAAACCAGCUCAAGUGUUAACAAGCCACAGCAAAACCACACUCCACCUGCCAAACAGGAGGGUCCCAGCACGCCCUACGUCCAAGUCUCACACUCUACUAGAUGGGAGCCCAGAAAAUGACUAAGUGAGAGCUGUAACCACCAGUUGAGGUGCUGAGACCAUGAAGUGAUGCCAGGCGCUGUACUUCAAUGGUUUUAAUAAAUAACGCUGAAUCUUAUCCAAGUUCAGUCUCACUGUUGUAUCCAUUAAGUUUCUUUUUACUGGCAUGUCUGCUUGGUCCAGCAGGACUUUUUGAAUGCUGGCAUUUGUUAAGAUGUUGCAUGACUGGACCUCUACAAUGAGCCUGAAGCUGUGUUGGGCUUAACAUUUGAUGUGUGAUAGGACCAGGGAUUGAAUCACAUGAUUCAGAAUGCUAGAUGUUACAUACUCUGAACAUUUUCUUGGAACAGCAAUUACCUUACCAAUCUUAAUAGCAAUAUUAUCUAUGUGUUCUGACCAUGAUAAAGCUGCAUCCAACAUGA